AUGAUAAAAAUUCACAUUUACAUUCUUAUUAUCGUCAUUUUAGCUCUCAGUAAUGUUGCUUACUCAGCUCCUGCUUCUAGUGAGAAACGCUCAAGCUUGGUGAAAAGGCAAUUAGAUUGCACCUGUGCACGUAUUAUUCGUUGGGAUUGUUGCGAUGUGCCAGAGUUACAAGAUUGUCCAUUUU